AUGUAUACAGAGUCGGAAUCGAUAACGGCUAAACUCUAUCGAUUUCACGAGCUACUUAUCGUCGUGUUAUUGGCACUUGCACUAGAAGCAAUCUAUUCGCUUUCCUAUUAUGGCUAUAUGAACUACAUUCCACCAAUGUACAACGUGACGAAUGGUGACAACAUGACCGAUUUGGUUGAUCUGCGAUUGGACAUUGACUGGGAUCUUCAAGAUUUUAUAGAUAAUAUAAUGAUUAUUAUCACUUUCACCAUAACAUUCGCAAGUCUUCUCAUCUUCCCCUUUGCCAUCUAUUUCUCAGCAACGAACGAUCGAUUAUCGUUGCCGAUCAGACUGCUGGCCACUGCGGAGAACAGCACGAAAUUCGUCUAUGCGAUCGGUUACGUGAAAUUGAAAAAGCUGAAACGCAACGGGAAAGUGUCUCGGUGUGAAUGCCUGCUGAUGUACCAAAUGAUAACCAACUCUUUGCUCACCCUUGUUAACACUAUUGGCUACUAUGCUCUCGGUUUCUUUCUCCAGAUGUUCAUCGGCUAUAAUCUGAACUACCUGUUUGGUGAAACGAUCGUUCUAAUACAGGCGCUGUUCUUCAGCCUAUUUGCCAGUAUAAUCAGUGCUUUGUGCCUUCGGAAACGGCCCGAAAAAGCACGAUCAGAAAACGGCAGAACAGUCAUUACGGUCGCCAGUGCACCAGCAUCAAUGAUGCAU